AAAAACCUAUUGUUUGUGACAACCAAUGAUCGGGUCUAUGGGUUGGGCAGUAAUAGUGAGGGAGUGUUGGGUUUGGGACACAACCGACCCAUACAUACACCCGAAGAAGUGCUGGAAUUAAUUUUAGAUACGAGUAAUGAAAUGAAAACGUAUGAAAUACAAAAAAGUUUAGGCACAGGUAGUUUUGGAGAAGUGUUUAAAGUAAUGGAUAAACGUAAUGAAGAACAAUAUGCGAUUAAAAAAUGCUCAUUAAAUGGUCUGAAUGAAAAUCAAAAACAAAACAUUUUAAACGAAACGCAUAAUUUGAUAAAAUUGCGCUCAGAAUAUGUCACUCAAUACUACUAUUCAUGGAUUGAAAAUAACUGUUUAUAUAUUCUUAUAGAUUGUUUGGCCGGAAAUUUAACAGAUUGUUUGCAAAUUAAAGAAGAAUUAUUUGGGAAAAUAAUGACAGAAUUUGAAUAUUAUAUUUUAUAUCAUAUAUUUAAACAAUUGGUGGAAAGUGUGGAGUAUUUGCAUAACAAGGAUAUCAUUCACAGAGACAUCAAACCCGAUAACGUGUUGAUUGACAAUAAAUACAGAUAUAUAAAGUUAUGUGAUAUCGGUUUGUCUAAAUCCGUGGAUGUAUUGAGUGAUGGAUACAAACAAAGUAGUGUUAAACACACCAAAGAUGUUGGAAAUAUUGAAUAUCAGGCACCGGAAGCGCAGACC